AUGUCCGACAGGAAAAGUUCUUCCUUCCGACAGGACACAAACGGAUGUCCGACAGGAAAAGUUCUUCCUUCCGACAGGACACAAACGGAUGUCCGACGGUUAAGCCACAAACGAAUGUCCGACGUCCCACCAACUGAGUCCAUUCCCAAACCAGAGGAACCUAAAGCACCAGCCCCUGCACCUCAGUUCCAGCAAGUCCCUCCACCAAAUUACUACCAAUUCCAAUACAAAUCGAAGAGAGACCAAGAGUUCGAAGAAGGUCUGAACCGCUUACGCAAAGAGUAUGCUACAGCUCCAACCCUUGGUUGUUCCAGCAAUUCCAAUCUCAAUCCAAAUUACUACCAAUCUCAAUCCACAUCGAAGAGAGACCAAGAGUUCGAAGAAGGUCUGAACCGCUUACGCAAAGAGUAUGCUACAGCUCCAAUUGAGAGAAAGUUGUUGCUAAAUUCAGUAAAAAUAAUGUUUAGGUGA